UUUUUUUCUCUCUCCCUGCACUUUUCUUCUUUCCUUCCUCUUUGUUUGUGGGGUUGGGCUGCAGAAUGUUCUGAUGGGGCGUCAGUACAUGAGAUGUUUGCCUAGUGGAUUUGGGAUGCUGCCUUAAAGGCUUUUCAGCCCCCUACUCACCAUCUCCUUCUGACAUUCCUGCAUCCUGAAGCGUCUGAGGGUCUUAUGGCCCCAACCCUCUACAAUAUGAAAUUCACCUUCCGGCUUUAGGACAUUCUCUGUGUUCUCUCUCAGGCUCCUUGUUGCUGCUGUCCCAAAAGGUUAGUAUAUGAGGCUUUUUGGUGCAAAGGAGAUGGGUCAGGACCAGACCAAGCAGCAGAUAGAGAAAGGACUCCAGCUCUACCAGUCUAACCAGACAGAAAAGGCUCUGCAAGUCUGGAUGAGGGUAUUGGAAAAGACCACGGAUCCUGCUGGCAGGUUUCGGGUUUUGGGCUGCCUCAUCACUGCUCACUCGGAGAUGGGCAGAUACAAGGAUAUGCUAAAGUUUGCAGUUGUGCAGAUUGACACAGCUCGGGAGCUAGAGGACCCUGACUACCUUAUGGAGAGCUACCUGAACCUGGCUCGGAGCAACGAGAAACUCUGUGAAUUCCAGAAAACCAUCUCUUACUGUAAGACAUGCCUGAACAUGCAGGGCACCACUGUGAGCCUGCAACUGAAUGGCCAGGUGAGCCUCAGUAUGGGCAAUGCCUUCCUGGGCCUCAGCAUCUUUCAGAAGGCACUGGAGUGUUUCGAGAAAGCCCUGCGCUAUGCACACAACAAUGACGACAAGAUGCUGGAAUGUCGAGUCUGCUGCAGCUUGGGCAGUUUCUACACACAGAUCAAGGACUAUGAGAAAGCCCUGUUCUUCCCAUGUAAAGCAGCUGAAUUGGUGAAUGAUUAUGGAAAGGGCUGGAGUUUGAAGUACCGAGCAAUGAGCCAGUACCACAUGGCAGUGGCCUAUCGGAAGCUGGGGCACCUGGCAGAUGCUAUGGAAUGCUGUGAGGAGUCAAUGAAGAUUGCUCUGCAGCAUGGGGACCGGCCACUGCAGGCACUGUGCCUACUCUGCUUUGCUGAUAUCCACCGCAGCCGAGCAGAUAUACAGACAGCCUUUCCUCGCUAUGAUUCCUCCAUGAGCAUCAUGACAGAGAUUGGAAACCGCCUGGGACAGAUCCAGGUACUGCUGGGAGUGGCCAAGUGUUGGGUGAUCCAGAAGGAGCUAGACAAGGCACUGGAAGGCAUUGAGAAGGCCCAAGAGCUGGCAGAGGGACUGGGGAACAAGCUUGGCCUGCUGAAGCUUCACUGCCUGUGUGAAGGGAUCUAUCGCACAAAGGGACAGCAACGGGAACUUCGUGACCAUGUGGUGAAGUUCCACGAGUGUGUAGAGGAAAUGGAGCUGUACUGCGGCAUGUGUGGAGAGUCCAUUGGGGAGAAGAACAACCAGCUCCAGGCGCUGCCUUGCUCCCACUUCUUCCAUUUAAAAUGCCUCCAGACUAAUGGGACCCGUGGCUGCCCCAACUGCCGCCGUUCAUCAAUGAAACCGGGAUUUGUGUGACCUGCUGGAUCAGUCAUUUUGAGAGAGCUCAUAUUCUGACUUGCAACAGAGGCCAAAAGACAGAACCCUGGAAUGUCAUCCAGCGUACACAGCCUGGAAGGAGGACCCUUAUUUGCAGGUGGAGAGGUCUCCUGCACAGGAUGCAACAAGUGCCCCUUGAUCUUUUACUCUAACCUGACAUUUUACCUGUGUUCAGAAGCAGCAGUCAUCCUGGAGUCCCCCUGGAACCACCUCUCUAGAACCAGUUUCCCACUCUAUCAUGCCUGUUCUAGGACUUGCCUGACACUUUCUCCACUGCCAGUUCACACUCCAUUUUUGCUCCUAUUCAGUCAGCUGUACCAGGGCUAGUUAUGGUCUUCACUUGCCUUUCUUUGGUGCUUGUUUUUGCCCCUCCUGAGAAGUGAUGGUGGGGACUGGCCAGUGGUCCUGGGUAGAUGUAGCACAGUACCGUUGUCUGUGUUGGAGUAGCAGCCUCUUCUCAGCAUGCCCUGCAGUAAAUGCUGCCAGUAUACUCCAUAGGCUCCCUUUUUUUCAGCACCAGGAUUUAGACCCUACUCCUGCUUUAUACUAGAUCCCUCCUAGCAAUUCACUACCCAAUGUAAAAAAUAGAUUUAAUUCAGAAAUCUUUAUUAAGGAGAAAACAAACCCCAGGCAUGCCUAUGAGAGUGUCCUCUGCCAUCAUGUCUUCCUCAUCCCUCACUAGCGCCUUACUCUCUUCAGCGUGUCCUCAGCUGUCUGCUGGGGCCUGCGUCCCCCUCUCUGUGCUAAUGCAAUACCCUCCCCGUAAGGCUGCAAGACUGUGUGUAUGUUACCGCCGGAGGUCUGUGCAAACAAGGUGUCUCCCUGAACAGAGGUCUGUUCAGCAUGGACUGCUGCUGGGGCACGUGGCCCGCGCGGCGGUAUCACUAGACAGGCCGCUGGGGGUCAGCCAGGCAAAGCAGGUUUCGUGUGUUCUCAGCCCAGAGCCGCGCACGCGCUAUAUUUACACCCACCUGUUUGUAUUUGCAAAU